AACAGACAUACACGACACAGGGUCCCAAUUAAAAAUUUUCAAUAAUUUAAAACUAAGUAAUAAACUAUAUCAAUUGUUUGAGUUACAGUAAGUAUAAAACAACCUCGCCAGUUUCAGUAAUUCAGAAUAUAUAUCCAAUGUUGCGGACCCUGACUAUUAACCUUACAAAAUGCCGGCGUACUAGUUAUGCUGAUUCAUUUAUUAGUAAAUACCGUCGGUAUUGUUCCGGGACGAUAGAAACCGAAAAUAAUUCAAAGCCAAGCAAAAUAGUUAAGGCCAUGGCCGUGGACAAGUCAAAUUUUCUGCUGCCAAACAACCAGAGGUUUGUGGAGCUGGAGAGCUCCCAAGCCUUCAAUAAUCUGACUAAUCAGGAAAAGAUGUACGCUCAUUAUUUGAGUCAGGCUGCAUGGAAUGGAGGUCUAAUAGUCCUAAUGCAGACGAGUCCGGAGUCUCCAAGGAUCUUCUCCCUACUGCACAGGACCUUCCUUGGGGAGCCCCUGGAGGACCUGAAAAAGUCUGCUUUAGCAGCUGGUGCCACUGAGGAUGAUUUCCAAGCCUUCCUAGUGUACGCCGGCGGCAUUUUCGCCAACAGCGGAAACUACAAAGGCUUCGGCGACACGAAGUUCAUACCAAAUCUGCCCAAGGAGUCCUUCGAGAUCAUCGUCAAGGCUUCCAAAGCUUACGAGAAUGACAACACGCAUAUAACCAAGCUGUGGCAGAACACGCAGAAUUCUAUAUACAGCUUGGCGCCUAGACUAACGAGUCUAGGCUUAGCUGAUAAGGGUGUCACAACCUACUUCUCCAGCAACUGCACGAAAGAGGACUCUGAUCUGGUGAACGAAUGGAUGAAGACCAAACGCAUCGAAGCUUACAUCUGCCGGACGUUCAAAACCACCGCCGAGGAUGGACUACCCCUCUUUACCAUCCGCUACGCCAGCGUCGACACAUCCCCCCUAGCAACUACCCCCGAAAAAUACAAGAACGCCUACUUCAUCGAAUCCCGCGGAGACUACUCCCCCCUUCUAGCGCUCGCCACCGAACACCUGAACACGGCCAUCACGCACGCCGCCAACGACAACGAGAGGAACAUGCUGAAACAUUAUGUGAAGAGCUUCACUGAGGGAAGUUUGGACGAGCAUAAGGAGGGCAGCCGGUUCUGGAUUAGGAAUAAGGGGCCUAUUAUUGAAACGUACCAAGGCUUCAUAGAAACGUACCGCGACCCGGCCGGCCAGCGCGGAGAGUUCGAGGGUUUCGUGGCCAUGGUCAAUAAAGAAAUGUCCAAGAAGUUCGGGGCCCUAGUUGACGGAGCCGAGAGGUUCAUAAAGCUGCUGCCGUGGGGCUCGGACCUGGAGAAGGACACAUUCCUGCGGCCCGACUUCACCAGCCUGGACGUGCUGGCCUUCUCGGGCAGCGGCAUCCCCGCCGGCAUCAACAUUCCCAACUACGACGAGAUCCGCCAAAACGAGGGCUUCAAAAACGUGUCUCUCGGCAACGUCAUCCCUGCCGCGUACAAGGAGUCGGUCAUUCCCUUCCUCAGUAAUUCCGACAAGCAGUUGCUGGAGAAAUACAGGGUUCCUGCCUUUGAGGUGCAAGUGGGCUUGCACGAGCUGCUCGGCCACGGCAGCGGCAAGCUGCUGCGACAGAACAAGGACGGCACUUUCAACUUCGACAAGGAAAAAGUCAACAAUCCGCUCACUGGCAAGCCGAUCGAGUCGUGGUACACGGAGGGCGAGACGUACGACAGCAAGUUCACGACGCUCGGCUCCGCCUUCGAGGAGUGUCGCGCCGAGGCCGUCGGCCUCUACCUGUCGCUGGUGCCCGAGAUACUCGAGGUAUUCGGGUACUCCGGCGAAGAGGCGCAGAACGUGACGUACGUGAAUUGGCUAAGCUUGCUGUGGAACGGCGCCGCCAAGGCCACGGAGAUGUACCAACCCUCCACCGGCACCUGGUUACAAGCACACGCACGCGCGCGCUUCGUACUGAUGCGGCUUUUGGAAGUGGAAGGCAACGGGCUGCUGACCGUCGCCGAGCCCGAGCCCGGCCGCGACCUGCUGCUGACGCUGCGGCGCGACCGCCUCGCCACCGACGGGAAAACAAUCAUCGGCGACUUCCUAGUGAAGCUACAGACCCUGAAGGCUACAGGCGACGCCGCGGGCGCCGAGACCCUGUUCGACAAGUACAGCCGCCUCGACGAACCCUGGGGAAGAUGGAGGGAUAUCGUCAUGCUGCACAAACAGCCCAGGAACAUCUUCGUGCAGCCCAACACCGUCCAUAAAGGUGACGAGGUGGAGCUGCGCCGCUACCCGGCCAGCGCGGAGGGCAUGGUGCGCUCGUGGCUCGAGCGGUUCCCGACCGCCGCCGUCUCCGACCUGCUCGAGCAGCUCGCCGAGGCCGACAAGCCCCACUUCACCGACGUCACGGUGCUACAUGACGGUUAAAUGUUCUAUCUAAUCCGUCUCGUGUCUCGUCGAACUUAUACGCCGGAUACGGUGUGGCCAAAUUUGAACUAAGGUGCAAUUGGGGUGUCUUCGAAAGCGGAGUAAAUUUAAAAAUGGCAAAUAUCUAUAAAACCAGAAGCACUUACGAUAGAGCGGUACUGUCAUAGUAAAUUUUGUAGCCACAGUAAAUUCAUUGCCAUCUAUCGACACACGAUUAAAACUAAAAAUAAAAAUAUAUAUCAAUAAAUAUAUUUACAUAUAUGGAUAAAUGUUUGUUUUUUUACUGCAUUAUUUAUUUUUAUAUGAUUUUGACCCAUGUUCUUUCACUGAUAUGCGUUAAAAUUGUUAAAUAACAAACGAAACCGCCAACGCCAUCUACGAGAGUAGGCCAAAGGUAGUGGCGCCAUCUGAUCGAGAAUCAAAUUUUCUUGAUUUUCGAAGCACGUUUUUUCCUUAGACUGUAUCCAUCUAUUACGGAGUUAUUAUCUAUCUUUGCUUAUGCUAAUGCAACGUUUACCAAGUAGAAAUGCGCAAAACGCUUCACUUCAUCUUUCUCUCGCGGUGAUAUAUAUCACUCAUUUCACUCAGUGGACCUGUAGACUAUACAGGCUGGAUUUUCUUAUUGGGUGAGUGAGGGCAGCUGCCAGAUCCCGUGCUUCUACGCGAAAAUGGUCUUAGAAGACCUUGAUCCUGGAUAGGAAUGAGAUCGAUAGCCAUCAAAAAAAGUUUGCCAAAAAUCGCAUCCUGCUUAUUCUCGCAUUCUGUAUGUUUUUUUCCAAAAUCUGUAAACGCCAAUCUUCAUUAAUUUGAAAUUGAGGGAAGGUCUUCUAAGACCAUUUUCACGUAGCGGCACGAGAUCUGCUAGCUGCCCUCGCUGACCCAAUAAGAAAAUCCACCCUGUAUAUAUUGUUCACGAGUGAGUAGAGAGAGAUGUCAAUCAAUCAGAUACACACAACCAUAAGUGCGACCAAGAUGGCGAAUCACACGAUACGAUCCCACCAUGUUUUCCCGACACCCUCCGAAUUCUUCCGAAACCUAUUCUCAUAUCUCACUCGGGCUCGGGCGGCUCAUUCGAAUCAUGAGUGGGUAAGAGCGAGCAAGGAACACUUAGAUAGAUGAGUUACUGAGCGAGUUAAAUCAUCAGUGAAUUGAAGAGUGAGUGAGUUCAAUCAAAAGAAAUAGUUCAUUUAAAUCACUCACUCGUGAACGACACAUGUCUAUUACCAAGCCAUCUUGCUGGCUGUUGCUACAGUAGGAAGUGCUUAUAGUUAGUAGAUAUUUGGCAUUUUCAAAACUAUCCCACUUUCGAAGUUAUCCCAAUGCAGUUUCUAUCACGCAAUUGCAAACACGUUUCAAAUGUUGCCAUUGUCAAAAA